GAAGCAGGGAUGCAUAAGGAAGUCCCUUUCGAAAUCCAGUUUCGUUCGGGAUUGCAGUCUGACAAGGAUGUUGCGAUUCGAGUAUAAAUAUACAGCGGGAACUUUGGAAGAUUCAUAGUUCUUCUGAAUUUCAACAGGAUAACAUCAGCUUAAACAAUCAUGAAGUGCAUUGCAGCUGUAGUCAUGAUGACCCUUGCCGUUGUCGCCAGGGCCGGUUAUGCCCCACUGUUCUACAGUGCUCCGUUGGCCUAUUCCGGUCACACUACCAUUGUCCAGGCUAACCAGGCCGCUCCGGCGAAAAUCAGCGAGCUUCCAACUCUGGCUUAUUCGGCACCGGCCUACGCUUACUCGUAUCCCGGAUACUACGCUUACGGUGCCCCGAUCGCCUACCAACCCGCUCCGGCUUUGUUGCUGCAGAAGGAAGCUCGUUAUUUGGCUGCCAAUCGUGGUGCCAUUCACGAGGCUCCACUUCCGGGACACGAAAUCUCCCAGCAACAGCUCAAUCUGGAACCGGCUGCGGGAUCCAUUUGAAGUGACAAACAGUCGGAGCCGUCGGAUCGAAUUCGGAAUGUAUCGUGAUACAAAAGUCAGAAUAAAAUAUUGGGUUGGAACAAUGA